AUCAUAUGUGUUUUCCGAAAUCCCCUCUCAAUAAUCAACAAAUAAAUAAAAAUUUCAGCUAAACUUCUUUCAGUAUUAACUGAACAUUAUUAAUGAGUAAGUCGCUGUGUUAAAUUUUCUAUCAUGAUUAGAAUUAUCAUAUUUUUGGUAUUUCCAAUUUAUUAUGUGUACGCUGAUUGUAAACACUCCGUUACGACCGUAAAAGGAUCUAAAGUUCCAAAAAAAAUAUGUUCCGGUGAUUUGAUUUUCGAAGACAACUUUGAUACAUUGGACAAGAGUAAGUGGAAACACGAACAGACUCUUUCGGGAGGCGGGAAUUGGGAGUUUCAAUGGUACUCCGAUGACCCAAAAAACAGCUAUGUUAAGAAUGGUAACUUACAUAUUACACCAACACUUGUAUCUGAUGAAUUUGGAGAGGACUUUUUGUAUCAUGGUACAAUUGAAAUACCUCCUGACAAGUGCACCCAAUCUGAUUCCUACGGCUGUAAAAGGACUGGUACACCACAAAACGUAGUCAAUCCAAUUAAAAGCGCUCGUCUAAAUUCUGUGGAUUCUUUUUCUUUUAAAUUCGGAAAGGUUGAAAUUAGAGCUAAACUUCCUGCCGGAGAUUGGUUGUGGCCAGCAAUUUGGUUGUUGCCAAAAGAUUGGAAAUACGGCAGCUGGCCAGCAUCUGGUGAAAUCGACGUGAUGGAAAGCAGAGGCAACCGACAACUAUACAUCGGAAACACAAACAUUGGUGUCCAACAAAUAUCAGAUACACUUCAUUGGGGCCCCGAUCGCAACCAUAACAAAUUCAUGAAAACUCAUUUCGAACGGAAUUUAAAAGAUGGAUAUAACAGUGAUUUUCAUAAUUACCAAUUAGAAUGGACUCCUGAGCAUAUUAAAAUUUCAGUUAACAAUGUAGAAAUGGGAACAGUAACACCACCUGCAGGAGGGUUUUGGCAAUAUGGAGACUUGCAAAAUUCCGGAUUAAAAAAUCCAUGGACUAAUUCUAAAAUGGCUCCGUUCGAUCAAGAAUUUUAUUUGAUUCUCAAUGUGGCGGUUGGAGGAACCAGUGGCUUCUUCCCGGACAAUGUAAAUAAUUUAUCUGGACCAAAACCUUGGUCUGAUAAAUCAGGAAAUGCACCUACUACAUUUUGGCAAGCAAACAAAGCCUGGCUACCAACAUGGAAAAGGAAUACUGAUGACUCUCAUCUACAAGUUGAUUAUGUUAGAGUAUGGGCUCUUUAGUUUAGAGGUUCAAAUAAAUUUAUAAAUUCGC